AUGAAAUGCAUGCAAUGGCCCGCGAGGCUCAACUGUAGAGGCAUUCUGGAUGAUAAACGGAGUACAAAGAUUCUUAAAAAACCUCCCAUAGGAAAGUGUUUGCUGAAAGAAAUACCGCCACUUCCACUGCAAGAAACUGUCAUAGUCGGCACGUCCGUUCAGUCGCUGCUUGGUCCUUUUGGACCGAUACGGGGCAUCGACGAGACCGACCAUGUUCAGCAGGGAUCAAACAGAGAAACAAAUCCUCCUGUAGCAUUGGUGCCGUAUCUCACGCGCAAAAGCAGAACCCCGAAGACCCCAAAUCUCAAUUCCGCACGCACACCAGCCAAACGCAGAGCAGAAAAACUGAACAUGCUCAUAGCUUAA